GACAUUGCGCAGGUUUUUUAUAUAACAAAAAAGCUGCGCAAUAUUGCUAACGACACAGACAACUGUCGAUAAGUGGUUACGGAAUAGCAGCCCUGGUACAUAUUUUUCGGAGUCAUAUAUUGAGUCGAAGUUAGCAGUCUAGUUGUAGGCUAUAGAAGUCUAUGGUCAAAACAUCUAUUAGCCACUCAAGCAUUUCUCUGGUUCGUGGUGCGCCGCCAUAACGUGUUUUCCUGUUUUCCUCGAGAAAGUUACUGUCGUCCAAUGAAGAUGAAUAUCACUUCAGCAGCUGGCAUAAUCUCCUUACUUGAGGAGCCUAUGCCUGAAUUGAAGGUUUUUGCCUUGAAAAAGUUGGACAUGAUAGUUGACGAAUUUUGGCCUGAGAUUUCUGAAGCCAUAGAAAAGAUAGAAAUUUUACAUGAAGAUAAAUCAUUCAAUCAACAUGAACUGGCUGCUUUGGUGGCUAGCAAAGUAUACUAUCAUUUAGGUAGCUUCGAAGAUUCUCUGACUUAUGCUCUUGGAGCUGGAGAACUGUUUGAUGUCAAUGCUCGAAAUGAAUAUGUUGAUACUACUAUUGCCAAGUGUAUUGAUUACUAUACUCAACAACGUGUUUUGGAAGCAGAGGGCAAGCUUCCUCCUGGUAAUAAAGGUAUUGACCCUAGACUGGAGGGAAUAGUAAAUAGGAUGUUCCAACGUUGUCUGGAUGACAAUCAGUAUCGCCAAGCUUUAGGUCUAGCCCUUGAGACACGUCGGAUGGAUGUUUUUGAGGCUGCCAUUAUGCAGUCUGAUGACGUGAGCGGAAUGUUAUCCUAUGCCUUUCAAGUCGCCAUGAGUCUCAUUCAAAACCGCGGAUUUCGCAACACCGUACUGCGCUGUCUGGUCAGUCUGUAUCGAAACCUGGGCACUCCCGACUACGUCAAUAUGUGUCAAUGUUUGAUCUUCUUGGAUGAUCCAUUGGCCGUGGCCGAGCUUCUCGAUCGACUGAGCAAGGGCUCUCAGGAUUGCGUGCUGAUGGCGUAUCAGAUCGCUUUCGAUCUAUAUGAAUCUGCAACGCAACAAUUCCUCGGCCGCGUCCUACAAGCUUUGCGUGCCACCGCGCCCAUUCCGGGCGCGCUGAUGGUUAAACCAGUGGUCAAACCCGCCGCUACCACCGUCACCGCUAACACCAAGCCUGUUGAAGCUACGGAAUCCGCGAGCAUAGAGACCGAUAGCAGUACUACCCCUGCGGAAGAUAAAACCGAGCGCAGUGUCGAAAGUUUGAAUGCGGAAGAAAGAGAGCAGCAAGAACGUGUGGACGCUCUCUCUAGUAUUUUGGGCGGCGAGGUAUCGAUCGAUCUGCACUUGCAAUUCCUUAUUCGCAGCAACCAUACUGAUAUGCUGAUCCUGAAAAAUACCAAAGACGCCAUACGAGUUUCGAUUUGUCACACCGCCACUGUAAUCGCUAACGCUUUCAUGCAUUCGGGAACGACUAGCGAUCAAUUUUUAAGAGACAACUUAGAAUGGCUAGCCCGAGCUACCAAUUGGGCGAAACUUACUGCAACCGCGUCUUUGGGAGUGAUACACCGAGGACAUGAGCAAGAAGCUUUAGCUCUGAUGCAGUCUUACUUACCGAGAGAUUCAGGUGCCGCUGGUGCUGGAUAUUCCGAGGGCGGCGGUUUAUACGCUUUGGGAUUGAUCCAUGCUAAUCACGGUGCUGCCAUCACAGACUACCUCCUCGGCCAAUUGAAGGAUGCUCAAAAUGAGAUGGUUCGUCAUGGAGGUUGUCUCGGGCUAGGAUUGGCCGCUAUGGGUUCUCAUAGGCAAGACGUUUAUGAACAGCUGAAAUUUAACUUGUACCAAGACGACGCAGUGACCGGCGAAGCCGCUGGUAUCGCUAUGGGAAUGGUCAUGCUGGGAUCCAAAUCCACACAAGCUAUUGAAGACAUGGUCGCGUACGCCCAAGAGACGCAGCACGAAAAGAUUCUCCGAGGGCUGGCCGUCGGCAUCGCGUUCACGAUGUACGGCCGCCUCGAGGAAGCGGAUCCCUUGGUGACAUCAUUGUGCGCGGACAAGGAUCCGAUCCUGCGUAGGAGCGGCAUGUACACUUUGGCGAUGGCUUACUGCGGCACCGGAAACAAUCAGGCCAUCCGCAAGCUCCUGCACGUUGCCGUUUCUGAUGUUAACGACGAUGUUCGGCGAGCCGCGGUUACCGGUCUAGGAUUCCUGCUGUUCCGAACUCCGGAGCAAUGUCCUAGUGUGGUCUCACUCUUGGCCGAGAGCUAUAAUCCUCACGUGAGAUAUGGCGCUGCUAUGGCUCUGGGUAUCGCUUGCGCUGGCACAGGUCUGAAGGAAGCUAUCGCGUUGCUGGACCCAAUGACGAACGACCCCGUGAACUUUGUCAGGCAGGGUGCGCUAAUCGCCUCUGCCAUGAUCCUGAUUCAGCAGACGGAAUCUACAUGCCCUCGCGUCAAGGAUUUCCGAGCUCUGUAUGCCAAAGUGGUUGUGGACAAACAUGAGGACGUUAUGGCGAAGUUCGGCGCUAUUCUGGCGCAAGGAAUCAUCGAUGCUGGUGGCCGCAACGUGACCGUGUCACUGCAGUCAAGAACGGGUCACACAAAUAUGCUGGCGGUGGUCGGAGCUUUGGUGUUCACUCAGUACUGGUACUGGUUCCCGCUGGCGCACUGCUUGGCCCUGGCCUUUACACCCACGUGCCUGAUCGCGCUCAACGCUCAGCUGAAGAUGCCCAAGCUGGAGAUCAGGUCGAACGCCAGACCGAGUGUUUACGCUUACCCCGCGCCUCUCGAAGAGAAGAAACGGGAGGAGAGAGAGAAGGUCACCACCGCUGUGCUCAGCAUCGCAGCGCGUGCCAGGAGGCGCGAGUCUGAGAGAAGGGCCAGGGACUCGCAUGAGAAGAUGGACGUGGAUACACCCUCGGAGACGAAGGAGUUGCCGGAGGUGAAGGAAGCAUCAUCUUCGAAGGAAAAAGACGAAAAGAAAAAGGAGAAGGAUGACAAGGAGGUUAAAGAGACCAAGGAGCCCAAGGAAAAGACCGAGAAGAAAGGCAAGGACGAAGAGAAAGAGAAGAAGGAACCGGAACCGAAUUUUGAGAUUCUUCAAAAUCCUGCGCGAGUUUUGCGUCAACAGUUGAAGGUCAUUCAGCUGGUCGAAGGCAGUCAUUAUGUUCCCGUCAAAGAUAUUCAAAUUGGUGGCAUCGUCAUGGUCAAGCAUAUCCAGACCGAUACCGAGGAGGAGCUCGUCGAGCCUGUCGCCGCCUUCGGGCCGAAGCCUGACGAGGAGAAGGAAGCCGAACCGCCCGAGCCCUUCGAGUACACCGAGGAUUAAGGGGCGAAAGCACGCGUCGCCUCGUUCCGUCAUCCUGACAUGCCUGUUAUUCGUCAUCGCGAUGGAAUCGCGAUACAUUCGUCCUUACUCUCCGUUAAUACCACACGCCUCUUUUUUUAUAUUCGUCGCGAUUUCCGUGUAUGUGUCUAAUUAGCGAAGUAAUACGAAACUGUAAUAAAUUUAUUGCGCCGAAGA